UUUGGGCUUUGGGAAUAGCCACCCACCAAACUAAGGAGAAAACAAAGCAAAGAACAAUCAAGGCUUGGCAAAUGUGAAAUGCUCACAAAUCACAACCAAACCAACACCAAUACACAUUCUUUCCGUUAACGUCGACACAGCCUUUGUCAAGCAAAGGAUGCAUUAUUAAUCUUUCUCAUCUCCCACAUUCAAUUCGUUUCAAUCGCACCAUUCUUCAAAUUCGGCAUAUUUUUUCCAAUCGCUAAUUCGAACCGCCGAAACUGCGAGAGUGACCUUUCAACAGUGAAAGAAUAGUAUAUAAAAAAAAAUUAAAACGCAAUUUUGCGAAAGCGAAACGGCAACAGCGCAAAUGAGAAUUUUCCCAGACAAGUUCUUCACCAAAGUCCGCAGCUUCAUAGGCCUCGGACUCGCUUCCUCCACUUCCGCCGCCGCUGCCGCGGCGGCGUCUUCUUCUUCUCCUUCCGCCACCGCCACUUCUUCUGACGCCGCCGAUACUUCAUCCUCCUAUUCUUCUUCCUCCGAGGCAGAAACCGCCCACCGGAAAACACUGAACACGAAGCUCUGCAUCAUAGGAAGCGGCCCGGCGGCGCACACCGCCGCCGUAUACGCGGCGCGCGCGGAGCUGAAGCCGGUCCUCUUCGAAGGCUGGAUGGCCAACGGCGUCGCUCCCGGCGGCCAGCUCACCACCACCACCGACGUCGAGAACUUUCCGGGAUUUCCGGCCGGCAUACUCGGCGCCGAGCUGAUGGACCGCUGCCGCCAGCAGUCCAUGCGCUUCGGCGCCGAGGUCGUCACGGAAACCGUGACGACCGUGGAUUUCUCCAAACGGCCGUUUAGGGUUUUCACCGAUUCCACCACUGUUGAGGCCGAAUCCGUCAUCAUCGCCACCGGCGCCAUUGCCAAGCGGCUGAAUUUUGACGGCGCCGGUGACGGCCCCAACGGAUUCUGGAACCGUGGGAUAUCGGCGUGCGCCGUGUGUGACGGCGCCGCACCGAUAUUCCGGAAACGGCCGCUGGCCGUGAUCGGUGGCGGCGAUUCGGCGAUGGAGGAAGCUUGCUUCCUGUCCAAGUUUGGUUCUAAAGUGUAUAUAGUUCAUAGGAGGGACAAGUUUAGGGCUUCUAAGAUCAUGCAGGGGAAGGUGAUGAGAAAUCCCAAAAUUGAGGUGUUGUGGAAUUCAGAGGUGGUUGGGGCUUAUGGGGAUGAUAAGGGUAGUGUUCUUGGGGGCCUUAAGGUGAAGAAUGUGGUGACUGGGGUUGUGACUGAUUUGAAGGUUUCUGGUUUGUUCUUUGCAAUUGGGCAUGAACCUGCCACAAAGUUCUUGGAUGGUCAACUUGAAUUGGACUCUGAUGGGUACAUUGUGACCAAACCUGGCACCACGAAGACUAGUGUUGAGGGAGUUUUUGCUGCUGGGGAUGUCCAGGAUAAGAAGUAUAGGCAAGCUGUUACUGCUGCUGGCACUGGGUGUAUGGCAGCCUUGGAUGCAGAACAUUACUUGCAAGGGAUUGGUUUGCAGGAGGGUAAGAGUGUUUGACGUUGUACCCGGAGUUCAGAAGAUGCUUCACUAGAAGCAAUGUUUAAUUCAUAUAAGUGAAAGCUUUUCUUUACCCGGUUAACAUGUUUAUUUGCACGAUUAUAUUCAUCAUUUGAUUGCAGAGAAAGUAGACUAACAUGAUUUUCGUGACGAAUAUAAUAGAAACCAUAAAAGCUUACACAUAAAGGUUUAUAGGUAAGCUUUAGAGUCUGAUUGCGUUUUUGCUUUGGAAGAAAUUAUAAAUUCCAUUUUUAGACUUAA